UCGCCAUCUUGGAUGCAAGGCCGAAUUUUUUCCCGAUUUUGUGCAGGAAAACACAGAUAAUAGCCUUCAGAAGCAUACAAUUUAGAUAAAGACUCUCUCAAAACAUUUACUGUAUUAUAGAGUAUCACAAUAUAUCUUUCUCUAUCCGCAAAAAUGAGCGAUAUUGACCCAAAGAAGCUCAAAGUUGCGGAGUUGAAGGAAGAAUUGAAAGCGCGUGGUUUGGACACGAAAGGAACAAAGGCCGUGCUUGCGAAACGCCUCGCUGAGGCGCUGAAAGAAGAACAGAGUGGUAGUGACACAGAACCAGAAGAUGACACCCCCUUUCCUGAGCAUUUAGAUACAACUACAGAAGAAGAGGAUGCACCAGCUGUUCAGGCAGUCCAACAGGAUGAACCCAUCCCUGAACAAGUACAUUUUCCAGAGGAUGAACCAGAGCCUUUGCCCCUGGCUGUGGAGCCAGAGGUGCAGCCAGAGCCAGCUUUUCUGCAGCCGGUAUUGGAGCCAGUAGUGGAAGCAGCUCCUCAACUGGAGCCACAAACCCAGUCCUCUGAUCAACAGAUGGCUGAGAAGGCUUACCCUGAAGAAGACAGUAAUGAUCAGUGGAACCAGCCGGAAGCUGACGACAGUAAUGAUCAGUGGAGUAAGAAUGUAGCUGAUGACAGUAAUGAUCAGUGGAAUCAGCAGCAAACUGAGGAUAGUAAUGAUCAAUGGAAUAAGCAACAAGCUGAUGACGGUAACGAUCAGUGGAAUCAGCAGCAAACUGAGGAAAGUAAUGAUCAGUGGAAUCAACAGACAACUGGUAUGGAACCCAAACAAGAUUCUGAGCAGCCCAACCAACAACAAGAUACUCCCAUGGAUGCGGAACAGACAGAAGAAAAGCCUCCACAAUCAGAUGAGAUGAAAGAGGGAGGUGAACAAGAAGGGCAGGAAGGUGCUGCAGAUCAAGAGGGUGGCCAAGAAAGGAGAGACCGAGAAGAUCGCAGGGACAGAAAAAGACGUCAUUCAAGAUCAAGGUCCCCAAGGAGACGAUCUCGAUCCAGAGAACGUGAUGGAGACCGCAGAGACAGAGACCGACAUCGUCACAGGUCUCGCUCGAAGUCAAAAGAGAGAGAGCAUGGAGAUAAGGCUCAGAGGUCCCGGUCAAGAGAUCGCCACAGGCAUAGAUCCCGCAGUCAGUCACCACCAAGGCAGCGAUGGAGGGGUGGCUUCAACCAGCCUGUUGAGAUGGAAUCGGACGACUGGGUACAUCUAACCACAACACAGCUUGACAGAUACAACUCCGAUUUGAAUUUGAAGAUUGAUGGAUCGGGUGUGAAAGCUCAUCCAUUGGCUGUGGAAGGUUUUGCAUUCAUGUGGGCUGGAGCUCGAACUACCUAUGGUGUUGGAUAUGGCAAAGUUGCAUUUGAAGUAAAGAUUUUGGAUGAAUUGAACGUCAGUCAUCUCCCACCAGAGGAAACGAGCACACAUGUGGUCAGGGUUGGCUGGUCAAUUGAUGCCGCUUCAACUCAGCUUGGUGAAGAGCCAUUCUCCUACGGUUACGGUGGAACUGGCAAAGCCUCUGAGAACCUCAAGUUUAAUAAUUAUGGAGAACCCUUUGGUCUGGAUGACGUUCUUGGCUGUUAUGUGGACUUCGAAUGUGACCCAAUUGUUAUGUCAUAUACAAAGAAUGGUGAAGAUCUUGGCACUUGUUUUGAGGUCGCAUAUGACAAGCUGGAUGGCAGGCCCCUCUUCCCUCAUGUUCUCACAAAGAACUGCGAAUUUGAGUGCAAUUUCGGUCAAAAUGAGGAACCAUGGUUCCCCCUGAAGGAAGGCUUUCAGUUCAUUGAAAGCUACCCUGUUGAAUCACGUGUGCGAGGGGCACUGCCACCUGAGAAGAAAGAAGACUGCGAAAUGCUGAUGAUGUGUGGCCUCCCUGGCUGUGGCAAGACAACCUGGGCGGAGAAACAUCAGCAAUCUAAUCCCGAGAAGAGAUACGUGGUUCUUGGCACAAACAACAUCAUUGACAAAAUGAAGGUGAUGGGUCUGCCUAGGAAGAAAAACUAUGCCGGAAGAUGGGACAUCUUGAUCGACAAGUCAACUAAGUGCUUGAAUCGGAUGUUUGAGAUUGCAGCUCGCAAGAAGAGAAACUACAUCUUGGAUCAGACAAAUGUGUAUCCCUCAGCCCAGAGACGCAAAAUGCGCCCUUUUGAAGGCUUUCAACGAAAAGCAGUAGUCAUUGUUCCAACAGAUGAGGAAUUUAAAAGUCGUACGGAAAAACGUGAAAAGGAGGAAGGAAAGGAAGUUCCUGACUCGGCAGUACUAGAAAUGAAAGCUAACUUCCAGUUGCCCGAGGUGGGAAAUCUGUUUGAUUCAGUAGAGUUCAUCGAGCAGCAAGCAGAGGAAGCGUUGGCAUUAGUGGAAGAAUACAACCGUGAAGGCAAGGCAGCGUUGCCUCCCCAGGAGAAGAGAUUCCGCUCAGAUAGCAGAGAAGGCGGUCGAUUUGGAGGCCGAGGUGGUGGCGGACGGUUCGACCGACGCGGUGGCGGUGGAUGGGGAGACAGGGAAGGCAGCCGUGGCCGGGAUCGUGGUUAUGGCGGCCGUGACGACAGGCAGGGAGGUUAUAAUCGCGGACGCGAUCAGAGGGACAACAGAGAUGACAGACGAGGCGGUGGAUACCGAGGUCGUGGCCGAGGCGGCUGGGAUGAUGGUUAUGAUCGCAGGAACCAGGGUGGUUAUGGUGGUGGCCGAGAUCGCUACAAUAGUGGUGGCAGUGGCGGCAGCGGCAGCGGUGGGCGACAGGGAAGCCGAUGGAACCAGGAUAACUCCAGAAAUGAUCGCCAGUCAAAUUAUUGGGGCAACCAAGGUGGACAGGGCUGGAACAAACACCAGUCUGGUAAUGGGUCAGCAGGCCAGUCUGGCACACAGGCUCAGACCUGGAAUCAACAGUCAGGGCAGUGGGGCCAACAAGGACAGUGGGGUCAGCAGGGACAGUGGGGACAACAAGGACAGUGGGGUCAACAGCAGCCUGCUGCCAAUGCUUGGAACCAGUGGGCAGGCUAUGGCCAACAGGCAGCUACAGGAACAGCUGGCAGUACAACACAAACAGGAACAUACGACGCCAGUGCUUACAAUCAAAGCCAGCAGUACUACCAGCAAUACUGGUCAAAUCCUCAGAACUACAGCCAGUGGUACAACUACCAGCAACAGCAACAAGCUGCAGGUGGAGGGUCGGGCACCGCUUCCAGUCAGCAGACCACGCAGAAGUGAACAUGAAGGAAAAUAUAGACUGUUGGGUGAAAUUCUGAAGAGAACUUGCAGUGCUUAAUGUGCACUUCCAUCGGACUGGACAUUGUGUAGCACACACUCUAGCUGAACUGUUGUAAGAAUUGUGUUUUUCAAUAUUCACAAAGGAAAACUUAUGGUUAUCUGUAAGUGGCCGUAUAUAGUUCGAGUAGGUGUAAGAUAUUUUUAAUAUUUGUGCAAAACUGGCAGUGAUCAGUUUUUAACUGGCCACAUCCUGUCUGCAAGGCUGUUAAGUAAUUGCAAUAUCCUAGUUCUUGUUGCUUGCUGUUAAAAAAGGAUGUUAGAAAGAACUCUGUAUGAACUUUUAUAUUUGAAAAUAAGUCUUCAGUAGGGAAUUAAUAUGAUGUUAUAAGAUUAUAAGAUGGCCAUACAUUGCAUCCUUGUCAAGGUAAAAGGCAGCAAGUCCAUUCACUUCUGAGAUUUUCAGUGUAUUUGGAUUAAUGAAUAAGGUUGGACAGCUAUGUGCUGGUGGAUGCAUUAACACUGCUAAUCAUGAUUAAUUUCGAACCAGACAUGUUGCCUUCUGCUCUGACGACGGCAGCAUGCUUGUACUUGAUAAAAUGAGACACUUUAAGCAUUUAGAAUUUUGUUCAUAUUGUUAUAUUAUGUAAACAAAGUAAUUAUCACUCUAACAUGGCUGCCUACCCAUCAAUAUCCAUUAGGAGAACUCAAGGUUACUUGCCUAAAUACUGAAGACGAGGAACUUUUUGGAAACGGUUCCUGAGUGCCCUCACGAAAGGUUGGCAGUGCUGCUCUAAUUACCCAAAUAUUUCUCUUCGUUGUCGGGACUCUUGGUUUAAAUCUUCAUUUUACUGUUAAUUUGUUUCUUGCAUGAAUUUGCCGUCUCCCUAGAUUAGGUAAGUAUAGUAUUGUGUGUACAAUGUAUUUAAUCAUCUGGUAGUCUUGAGGCCCAGAUGUUGUGUCAACACUUGUUUCAUCAGCUUGUAGGUCAUGUAGAUUGUCACUUGAUU